AAGUUGAACACUUGGGAGAACAUUGACAGACCUGCCCUGAUCGCGAACAUUGACGUACUGAAGACCGAACUGGACGAGCUGUACGCCGACUUUCUGAAAGAGGUCAACGACAAAACCACUGCGUGGAGGGCGAUCAAGACCGCCGUGGAAGCCCUAGAAUCUGACAAAAAGCAGAUUUGUGGCGAGUUGUCGCAGCCGAACAUCAACCUCCCACUUAACAUGCAAACGUUUCCCCCGGUUAUUGGUGUCACUGCGGCCGGCCGAUUGGAUACUGGUGCUGGGACUGGCAGCGACGAGAUGAAGCCGCACAGCGGCCAGCAAGAGCACGAACCGGAGCAGGAUGCGCCAGAUACUGAUGAGGUG